UGAAUUACGGUUAAUCUACUUGUCGCGUCCCCAACUCGCAAGCAAAACGCAUCACUUUCUUUUCGCGUGGGUGGGGUUCUUUCGUUGUGAGGAAAGUUCGCGCGAUGGUGCAUACUCGGAAGAAUCGCCAGUAUGACGGCACGACCCCGGACGACGUCUACGAGAUCCAGAACCAGAUCGGGAAAGGGUCCUUCGGGGAGGUGUAUCGCGGCAUCCACCGCCGCACCUCCCUCCCCGUCGCGAUCAAAGUGAUAGAUUUCGAAGAAUCCUCCGACGACAUCGACGAGAUCCGCCACGAGAUCUCCAUCCUCUCCGCGCUCGACUCGCCCUACGUCACCAAGUACUACGGGAGCUAUGUCAAGGGGACGAAGCUGUGGAUCGUGAUGGAGUAUUGUGAUGGGGGCAGUUUGUUUGAUCUCAUUAAACAGGACCCGUUGGAUGAGACGGUGGUGGCGGUGGUCAUGAAGGAGUUACUGAACGGGUUAGCGUACCUGCACGCGCACGGCAAGAUCCAUCGGGACAUCAAGGCCGCGAACGUUCUGUUGACCGGGGGUGGGGAGGUCAAGUUGGCGGAUUUCGGGGUUUCUGCUCAGGUGACGGCGACGAUAACGAAGAAGAAUACAUUUGUGGGCACCCCGUAUUGGAUGGCGCCGGAGGUCAUACUGCGGUCGGCUUACAACGCCAAGGCAGACAUAUGGUCUCUCGGGAUCUCAGCGUGGGAACUCGCAAAAGGCCUACCCCCGCACGCCAACAUCCACCCCAUGCGCGUCCUCUUCAUGAUCCCACAACAACCCCCGCCCACUCUCCCCGCGACAUUCUCAGCCCCCUUCCGUGAUUUCGUCGCACAGUGUCUUGCUAAGCGGCCGAGUCAGCGUCCAACAGCACAGAGUUUGUUGAAACAUCCGUUUAUCACGGGUGCGAGGCCGUUGAGUGUGUUGAGGGAGAAAAUUGCACGGUUUCGGGAGUGGAAGCGAGGGACGGACGCCGGCGUGACUACUCCCGCCGCCCCGCCAAAAGAUGUGGAGGGCGGUGUGACUGAAGACCCCGAGGCACCGUCGAGUAUCGCGUGGGAUUUCGGCACGGUUUCGCGUACGCUGGGCGGCAAACGGCGGGAGCGUGACACCACGACGCAGUUAGCGGACGAUAUCAGGCCGGUGGUUGUCGCGAGCACGUUGCGGAAGGAGUCGAAGGUGCAGCGGGCUAGUGUGCGGACACUUGGGCGGAGUAUCGCAUGGGAGGACGAAUUCGAUAUCCAGACGUCGGCCGAAGAAGCUGCCGCAAAGCCGGUAUCCCCGCAUGCCUGGUCCCGCGGCGUCGCACCACCCUCACCCUCACCCUCUGGCGAAUCCAAAACAUCGCUCAAGCCCCCAACAUCCUCAAAUUCAGAUCCCGCGUCAGAAUUCGCAUCCACAGCCACCACAACUGCCACCACGACCCGCAUGACUGUCUCCUCCUCGUCGGGCUCAGGGUCGACCACCUCCACCUCCUCCACGCCCUCGCAGAUCCGUCGACCGCCGCAGCCGGUGCUGCAGGUGAUAUUGCAGGCGAUGGUGGAGGCACAAUCACACGCCCCACCGUCAUCCCAACGGUGCCUCUCAGCAGUGACGCACAAUCUGCAGCAGCUGAUGAAGAGCGAUCCGAUGGUAUGUGGGGUUGUUGGGGAGGCGGUUUCGAGAGGGUUGCAGAUUCCGUCGAAAUCAAACCCGGCCCCAACGUCGACGCCGUGUUCUGAAGCCCCUCAUCAACCCCGGGAGUCGCUGCCGACAGGUCCAUCGAUCAUCAUUCCGAAGCAGCUUCCUCCGCCUUCGACAGUCGUCGUCCAAACGACUCCUAAGACAGUUCCAACCCAAGUCCCACAACGGUCCCCACUAGCAACCCAGCUGCUCAUGCGGUGGAAAGCGCGGGGGAUGCCGGUGGUCCCAUGACGCCCUAGGGAGUUCGCUGCCCAGAUCCCAUCUUUCUGCACAUACGUAAAA